GCCUCGGCUGGCACGUUUUCGGCAUGGCUGUCUUUGCGGGCCCCGCCAAACCGCUGCUGUCGCUGAACCCGCAGGAGGACGCCAAGUUUAGCAAGGAGGUGGCUCAGGUUCGCCAGCGCGCGACUAAGCAACAGAAGCAAAAAAAAGAAAAACUUACUCCUGGAGUUAUUUAUGUGGGUCACCUGCCUCCAGCACUUUAUGAAACCCAGAUCCAAGCCUAUUUCUCCCAGUUUGGCACUGUUACAAGAUUCAGACUGUCCAGAAGUAAAAAAACUGGAAACAGCAAAGGCUAUGCCUUCGUGGAGUUUGAAUCUGAAGAUGUUGCCAAGAUAGUUGCUGAAACAAUGAACAACUACCUUUUUGGUGAAAGACUCCUGAAGUGUCAUCUUAUGCCACCUGAGAAGGUGCAUGAGGAGCUCUUUAGAGAGUGGCAUCUUCCGUUUAAGAAGCCAUCGUAUCCAGCAGUGAAGCGGUAUAAUCAGAACCGGACCCUUACCCAAAAGCUGCGCAUGGAGGAGCGAUUUAAAAAGAAAGAGAAAUUACUCAGGAAGAGACUAGCUAAGAAAGGAAUUGAUUAUGAUUUUCCUUCCCUGAUUUUACAUAAAAAGGAAAAAAGCAGUGCUUCAAACACUGAUCUUCAGAAAUCCGCAAAUAGCCAGGCUUUACCUAAGAAGAAGAAGAAGAAGAAGAAGAAGGUUUCAGUCACUCCUAACACUCCUGAGAAGACUGUGGAUAGCCAGGACCCCACACCAGUUUGUACACCAACAUUUUUGGAUAAACGAAAAUCUGAAGUGGCCGAAAUGAAUGAUGAUGAAGAUAAUGAAAUCGUUUUCAAACAGCCCUUAUCUGGCACAAAAGAAAAAACACAAGAGACUGAAACACCUAAACAGUCAAGGAAAAAAAGACAACGGAAAAGCAAUCAGUGAUUCUGAAUAUAUUAUGUAUAAUAUUUCUUCUGGAAAAUGUGAUUCUCUUAUGAGGGCUGAUACUUUGGUAUUUAACUAGAUACAGUGGAAUGCAACUGUUGAAAAGGUAAAUGGAAGAAAAUGUUGCUUCAGAUCAGUAAGGAAAGGAACAGGUAACUGGCUUGCCUGCCCGGGUGGGCACGGGCGGGCACGGGCGGGCACCCGUCUGGCAGCAGCCAGGUUCGCGCUGCCUCUGUCCCCGUUUCUCCAGUUUCCUUUGCAUUCGUAUCUGUCUUCAGUGACUCUGGAUAGAAGGGUCACCAUUAACUGCAGGUUUAAAUAUUAAACUGCUGUGUUUGUUAAAUAAAGAAAAUAAACCUUACUUGAGUGUCUACAAGGUUCUAAUGUUAAAUUAGGUUUUGGUAAGCUAGUAUGGAUUACUAACUGCCGUUUUGGAUCAGUAUCAUCAGUGUGGAAUUGUAUGUCAUGGUUCAAUCAGUGACCAACAAAUAAACUUUUUAAAUAAUGUAUUUGUAUACAAGUGGGACAUGGGUGUCUUGAAGUAAAAUAAUAGGUUUUCAUGUUCAGCAUUUUUAAGUUUCUGAUGCCCUUGAAAUGUGCUUUUGUAUUAGCUAAUCCAGAUUCAUUGAAAACUGCCAUCAAACAUUUUUAUCCAGUAUUUAUUAAAUCUUUAACAGGUAGUGGGUUAAGGUGGCUACAUUGUGCUACAAGGGUUUGUUGUGAUAGAGACCUUAUGUGGUUCUCAUUGCUUCGCACUGCAGGCAACACGCUGUGUGUGCCAUGUGUAUUGUUGUACGUGACUUACCUGUUUUUAUUACCAGUGACUACCUGUCAUGUCCAAAGAAGAGAAGAGCUUAUGCUCACAGUGGACUGGAUUUUAUCGAUUCCAGUGGCAACACGUGUCUAUUUUGCACUGACACCUCAGCUGUGCUGAAAGAAGACUAUGUUGACAGGACCAGACUAAGCACUCAUCACAAUAUUCCCAACUCACAAACCAACAGUCAGAAUAAUUUAGUAUUUUUAUUUCAUUGAUUUUUUU